UAUAAGGGUUUCUUUCAUGAUUUCUUUUUUGGGGGACAAUUCUAGACUUUUCCAAGAUUGGGGGGUGUCUGGACCCCCGUCCCCCCCGGGAUUUACGCCACUCCCAGCUGGGACCGGGUCGGCUGGGGGCCCGGUACAGCAGGCUGAUUCCUUCUGAGGAUUUUCAUUUUGUGAAUUCCUGUUAUGAGUGGAAGUCAAAGUAUGUGAAAAUAAACUAAUAAAAUCUUGAAUCGUUUGAGCCGACAUGAUCUGUAGAUCUGUCAGUUACUGGAACGGCCCCAGAACUCAUCCAGGUUUGAUUCUGGUUCUGGACCCGACCCGGUCUCGGGGUUCCUCUUGACUCUACUUAGCAUGAUCCGUGUUGACAGGUGCAGAUGCCCCGCCCACUCCCACACCUUCCAUCAAGGUAGGCUUUCCAUUGGUCUGCAUGUUGACCAGAUCCAACAUGACCAGUCCAGCAGAACCUCCCGGUUCUGAUCCGUGUGUGUGUGUAGGAGCGGCAGCGGCCGGCGGGAGGAAGACGGACUACGCCUUCGAGAUGGCCAGCUCCAACAUCCGCUACGGAGCCGGGGUCAGCGCUGAGGUCGGCAUGGAUCUCCAGAACCUGGGAGCCCAGAACGUGUGCCUGAUGACAGACCGGACCGUGACCCGCCUGCCGCCCAUGCAGGCCGUCCUGGAGUCCCUGGUGAGGAACCGAGUCCGUUUCCAGGUGUUCGACGACGUCCGGGUGGAGCCCACCGACUCCAGUUUUAAAGAAGCAAUCUCGUUUGCGAAGAAGGACUCGUUCGACGUGUUUGUGGCAGUGGGCGGCGGGUCCGUCAUCGACACCUGUAAAGCCGCAAACCUGUACUCCUGCCAUCCUGACGCCGACUUCCUGGACUUCGUCAACGCUCCGAUAGGGAAAGGCAGGCCGGUGACCAGAGCUCUGAAGCCACUCAUCGCAGUUCCAACGACCGCAGGCACCGGCAGUGAGACCACCGGGGUCGCCAUCUUUGACUACGAGCCUCUGAAGGCCAAAACAGGUAUCGCCAGCAGAGCGCUCCGACCCACGCUGGGCAUCGUGGACCCGCUGCACACUCUGAGUAUGCCCGAACGAGUCGCCGCCAACAGCGGCUUCGACGUACUGUGCCACGCGCUAGAGUCCUACACCGCCCUGCCCUACAGCCAGAGGGCGCCCUGCCCCACCAACCCCAUCAACCGGCCCGCCUACCAGGGCAGUAACCCCAUCAGCGACGUCUGGUCCCGCCACGCCCUCAGCGUGGUCUCCAAGUACAUGAAGCGGGCGGUGCGGGACUCGGAGGACUUGGAGGCUCGCUCCAGCAUGCACCUGGCCAGCGUGUUCGCUGGGAUCGGCUUCGGGAACGCCGGAGUCCAUCUGUGCCAUGGGAUGUCCUACCCCAUCGCUGGGAAUGUGAAAACUCACACAGCCCGGGGCUACAGCGUGGAGCACCCCCUGGUGCCUCACGGACUCUCCGUCGUUCUGACGGCGCCGGCCGUCUUCAGCUUCACUGCACCCAUGUGCCCAGAGCGCCACCUGGAGGCUGCUGAGAUCCUGGGUGCAGACGUGCGGCAGGUGAAAUGUGCGGACGCCGGCGCCGUUCUGGCUGACACGCUGCGCCGCUUUCUGUUUGACCUUCAGGUGGAAGACGGACUCGGCGCCGUCGGAUACGAUAAGGACGACAUUCCUGCUCUGGUGAAAGGAACGCUGCCUCAGGAGCGCGUGACCAAACUGUCUCCGCGGGCGCACACCGAGGAGGACCUGAGCCGCCUGUUUGAGACCUCCAUGAAGCUGUAUUGAUCCUCCUGGAGCCACCAGGGGGCUCCACCUUCAUCCUGCAGCUAAUUAAUCAGUAUUUGACCGGGUCAGAACCGGGUCAGAACCGGUCUCCAAUGAAUUGUGAUUUAAAGCUUCAUGAAAAACAGAUCCAGAACUUGAAGUUCUGAAGGAAUCAAGUGAUGAUUUAUUGGGUCAGAACCGGGUCGGAUCAGGACCGGUCUCUAUUGAAUCGUGUUUUAAAUCUUCAGUGAUGUAUUCAUGAAAAACAGAACCUUAAGUUCUGAAGGAAUCAUGUAUUGGACCGGGUCGGAUCAGAUCCGGCUGUUUUUAUGAUUUUAACUUUUGAUCAGAAUAAAAUCUUCUGAAUCUGC